UGCCAUCACCUGCUCUGGGACGUGCCCGACACAUUCAAUAUUUGUGGGGUGGAACUGCUUGGAAAAACGUGCAUUAUUCCCACUGCAGGUUUUAAAUUAACAGGAGUGCAAAUGAUGGCUAGACAGGUUGUUGGGAGGUUUCUUGAGGGUGAUGCUUUCCUUUCCAGAGGGCUGCAGAAGAUCUCUGUUUGCAGCCAUGAUGCCCGUGGCCACCGUGAUGCCCGAUGACACACCCAUGUUCGACCCCAGGAUCCUGCAGGAACUCGACUGGAGUGAGAACACCACCACCUUUUCUCCUGCUAUUUCUCCACUGGAUCCAGGGGAUGGGCUGGUCCUCAGACCACUUUGCACAGCUGAUUUAAAUCGAGGCUUUUUUAAGGUUCUGGGUCAGCUGACAGAAACUGGAGUGGUGAGCCCCGAGCAGUUCAUCAAAACCUUUGAGCACAUGAAGAGAUCUGGAGAUUACUACGUUACCGUGGUGGAGGACACAAACCUGGGGCAGAUCGUUGCUACAGCAACGCUGGUUAUAGAACAUAAAUUCACUCACUCCUGUGCCAAGAGAGGCAGGAUAGAAGAUGUGGUGGUCAGCGGGGAGUGCAGAGGGAAGCAGCUUGGAAAACUAUUAACGUCCACCCUCACCUUGCUCAGUAAGAGACUGAACUGUUACAAAAUCACACUCGAGUGUCUGCCCAAAAAUGUGGAUUUCUACAAGAAGUUUGGCUAUUUGGUAUCUGAUGAAAACUACAUGUUUCAACGGUUCUUUAAUUAACAACUUCUAGGUGUUCUGGGUUCUUUUUUUUUUUUUUCUUGGAAAGACUGUUCGUGGAGGAGCUUGUGCUACAAA